UCUAAACAGAAAAGCAAAACGCUUCGUUCUUGAACGUGGCAUCUCGCGACAUCCGGCGUAAUGGCAGGAAAUAUUGUUAAAUGGUGGAAACACAAAAUACUCGGCGGCUACAAACAGUUUACAGUACUUCAAGAAUGCGCCACCGACUCAGAGGAAUUGAUUUAUCCGGGGCGAGCUCCGUCGGCCUGUAGUGCACCGCCAGAUCUACUCUUAACGAGCGAUCGUGAACAAAUGUUGAAAGUAAAAUCCUCCUCCAGUACUGGUGCUGCCCCGGGUCAGACGAAGUCGUCCGUCCAUCAUCAUCAUCAUCAUCACGGCCACCAGCAACAAUCACCCUCCGCAAAUGGACAUAAUCAUUCAAGCGCAUCCCAGCCACAGCAACAUCAUCACAAAUCACAAAAAGAAGCCUUCCGCAAGAGCGGUUCAGGGAAAAUGGGUAGCGGAGGAGGAGCGGCCGGUGCCUUAGGUGGAGGAGCUACCAAUACAAUCAACACCACUGCCGCCACUAUUCGGAGCGAUCCAGAUCGUGUUCGAUUAGAGGAGUUCACUUGCGAUGUAUCACUGGAAGAUGGUAAGAAGCCCCAACCGCUACAGUUUUCCUUUACUCUCUACGAUUUGGACGGUCAUGGCAAAAUAACCAAAGAUGACAUUGCUGGAAUAGUGUCGACAAUUUAUGAAUCUAUAGGCAAAUCGGUAGUAGUUCCUCACUAUGGUAGCAAAACCAUUAAUGUUCGCCUAACUGUGUCUCCUGAUGGCAAAACGGCUGCCGCAAAACCAGCAUCGGCCGCAGUGAAAAAAGCAAUAAUCACGCCCCGCCGGCGAUAUCGUUCGCGGAAACUUAUCUCCGAUGAUGAUGGUAGUGACACGUCCGAAAACUGUCCCCGACUGUUACGCAAUCGAACAGCUGCUGCGGCCGCUAGCGUGAGCCAUGGUGAGACGACAAACAACAAUCAAACUGCUCUGCCAAACCAGCAGCAUCAGCAGCAACAGCAUCACCAUCAUCAUCACCACCAUCCAAACGGAAGCACGGGAAAGCUCAAAGAGUCGAAUCUGUCGAAGGCAAACGCAUUAGCUGACGAUUGCCAGGUUAACUGCACAAUUGGGCAGAGCAACAGCUCCGAAAGCUCUGCAGCAGCUGGCCAACUACUGGUGGAUGCAUAUCAUAACAAUCUUAGCUCGGUAACCACUGGAGCAGGAGUCGAAGCGGGGAAGAGCAGCAUCCUGAACAAUACUUUCAAUGCAACGAAGAACAAGGCGGUUGAUAAUAUUUACGAAAGCAUUAACAAUCUAAAGUGUUGCAAUCUUCGGCAGCAACAACAAAAUCAUUAUCAAACAGCAUCUCACAAUACAAGCAUAGCACAGACGACGGUUGCUUCCCUUCCUGUAGGAUCUGCAUUAAAUCAAUCGAACGCCUCCACGGCAGCACUCAUUUGUCGCGAUUGUAUUGAUGGUCCAACGACGACGCUGCUACCAACGCUGGCUUCGCUGGAUACGGUCGUUAUUCCUACACCACCGUCCGCGGCGGUUGUCGGACGUGCCAAACGGAAGCUUGUGCGAAAAACGCGAUCCUCUCGGAAAACUGCAGUCGCAGCCAAGAUGAUGGCGGAAGACUUUCAGAGACGCCCGAGGGCUCGCAGUUUGUCGGUGGGAAACGAAAAUUGCUACGAGAAUGUAAUUGGACGUAUGGCGGCCGCCCAAGAGGAGUGCUGGAAGAGCUCGUUGUGCCGAAGGGAGCUAAUCGAGAUCAUACGCGAAAGUAUGGUGAAAAAUAGUCUCUGUUUUCAACCAAAUCGGAAAGCGAUAGAAAGUUCACCGAAACAUCGCCACCGUUCGCACACGAUUGCUUCCCGCGUUGGGGAUCAGGUGUUCUUCAACUAUCACCAUCCGACGGCGGCAGCGCUGGUUGCAGCCAAUAACGGUGUGACUGCUGCAGCAGCCGAACUCGGUGGAGCACAAGCCGCCACCACAAGCACAACCACGACGGCACUGUUUGCCAUUGCUGGGCACGAAGCAAACCUGUGCGGGUACGAUUCGUACCUUCACAAAACGAUCUGUGCCGCGGCCAAUGGUGGCGGUGCGGCAAACAUGCAGUUGGCAGCAGCUCAUACGACAGCGACUAUUAACGGCGGUGUUCAAGCACUUGCCAGCAGCACACCAAACCGGUUGCUUCAACAGCACUUCCAUCAUGCGAAAUUGAAGAGGAAGGAACAUCAUCGAUUGGCGGCAGCUGUCGGUGCGGUUCGUUCUGCCCAUCCUACGCCCGUAAAGCUAAGCACCGCCCUGCUCAAUCAGCAGUACCCGAAUCUCUCGGCCGAGCAGAAGCUAACGCGCUCGAUCAAUCAGGUUGAACAGUGGCUCGAUCAUCGUAGUCCCAAGAUCCUUCCAAAGGUCAAACUAACGGACGAAGUGCAACCGCAACGUACAACAGCCGUCGGGCGACCGUUGAAACGUUCCAAGAGCAAAGAAGAGCUAACACCGAGCAACCUUUUGCUGCUGGAAAAUCUGAAAAUCAGCGAGGACAUUGCGGAAAUAGCGGUGGUAACACCGAAAAAGGUGUUCAACAAAGAAUCGCUGAUUGCUUCCGCGACUAAAAAGAACAUUAAAACGCAACAUCAGCAUCAACAUCAGCACAGUUCACCGCGGCCACCGACUUCACCGACCGUUGAAGCGAGCGUUGAGAAAUCUGUUUCGGUAACCAAACAAUCGAUACCAAAUGGAGACGCCCAGCUAAUCCAGCUGCAGUACGGUUCGGUACCAGUGAAUGCUGAACCAAGUGAAUGUGAAAAUCUUAUCCGCAUGUCAGACGAUGGUGAAGACGAGUCACAGCCGCAGCUAGCUACAGCAAAGCAACAAUUUCGCCAUCAUCCGCAGUCACGCUCACAGCCACAAUCUCCACAGCAUCAUCAGCAUCACCAUCAGCAGCAACGUCCGAAGGAACCACGUUACUGUGGCAGUGGUGGAGCACAUUCAGUUUCGUCUGCAUCGGCCGCUUCGACAACGGCUGUCCACAGGUACGUGCACGAGCACAUUCACCAUCACUAUCAUCAUUUCGAAAAUGAUCCAGACGAAUCUUGAUGCUGGUGGUAUGGACGCCUACGACCGGAACCGCCAUCUUUAGCGCCAGUUCCCGCCGAGAUGGCAAAAGUUGGUGGUGGCCAUUGGUUAUCACUCGAAGAACCUCCACCGCCGCCGUGAUCGAUGCG